CCAACCUCCACAACAUCUCCAACCUCCACAACAUCUCCAACCUCCACAACAUCUCCAACCUCCACAACAUCUCCAAGUAUUGUAACUCCCUCCUCAUUUGCCGACCUCAUCACAGGCUAUCUUCUCCAGUCUAUCAUGAAUGCUGUUGCCAGACUCAUCCACCUUACUAACCGUUCCAUAUCUGCCAUCCCCCUCUGCCAAUGCCUUCACCGGCCUCCAUUCAGUGUCCUCCAUCCCUCUCUGCUGAUCCGUCCACUGGCCUCCAUUCCGUGUCCUCCAUCCCACUCUGCUGAUCCUUCCACUGGCCUCCAUUCCGUGUCCUCCAUCCCUCUCUGCUGAUCCCUCCACUGGCCUCCACUGA